AUGGCGAUCACGUUCUUCUGGGAGCGUGCCCGCUCCAUCAUCGACAUCGUGGAGGCAGACGUGGCAUGGAAGGAGGCGAAGGUUGGCUAUGUGGCCCAGGUUGUGGCCUGGUAUCUCGUGUGCCAGAACAUCAAGUUCUACCUUUGCCCCAGAAAGGAGCUCAAGAGCGAUACGGAAGACGAAACCUUUGCGAAGUUCAAAAGCGAGAUGGAAAGCGUCUUGGACUACAUGGAGACGACUUGUUCUCCCAGCGGCCGUGCCGGCCGAGGUUUCGGCUGCGUAGUUGCUACCAACUCUUUCACAGAGACGAGGGGGCCUUUGCUGAGCGCCUUCACCCGCUUCAACCAGCAAGUCCUGGAGUCUAUGGCACCUCAUGCCACGCCCACGUUCCGUGCCCUGGAUGUUUUCGAGGUCGGUGCCUCUAUGCCACGAGAGACGAUUGCAGGACAUGGCUCCCAGGUUCUCCACCUUUGGGUUUGGACGAUGAUUUUUGGGGGCUGGUGCCCUGCCGAGUACCAAGCUGACAGUUGGAUGGUCAGCUUUCAGGGUGUUCUGUGCUGGGCUGGAAAUGCUGAGCCAUCCUUGUGCCCACGAAUCUCCUAUGGAAAUGAUUGGCACUGCAUCAACAGCAUCCCGUGUGUCAUGAAACCCGUCCAAGCCAUAGAGACCACGCCGACUCCCGACAAAAUUCUCGUGACCUUCAAGGUGGGCAUGCAAGACCAGACUGUAUCUCCUGCCGGUGUGCAUGUUGCUGGAAGCUUUCAGGACUGGGAUCCGGCGGCAACUAAGCUGUUAGACUCAGAUCAAGACGGCGUGCAUGAGCUUACCCUGGCGUUGCUCCCCGGGUUUUAUGAGUUCAAGUUCAUCAACGGAGAUUCUUGGGACAAUGUGGAAUACGUACCAUUAGAGUGUCAGGAGGCUGGCUCUGGCCAUUCGAACAGGUUUCUUUCCGUGGAAAGCGGCUCCUUCGGCACAACAGUACACGUUUGCUUCGCAGGCUGCGCACCUUGUGCACCCCAACCACAGACCACCACAAUGCAGCCAUCCACAGUGACAGCGACCUCCCAGAUCCAUGGCACCACCACCUCGACACAAACUAUUCCGGAACAUCACUUUGUCCCUGUCGAUGGGGGAGUUGGCCGGGCCUGCCGCGGUAGCAGUAACACAGACAAUCGAGCAGAGCACUACGCGGUGUACUCGGACGCGAACCUCUCCGAUUGCAAGGCCAGGUGCGAAUUAACCAGAGGUUGUGUCGGGGUGGAGUACAGCACAGACCGAUGUGAGGUUUGGAAUCGGAGUGGUGGAAUUCAGGCGAGCAUCAACUUGACCGGCUUUGUCUGUCUUGGGUACGUGAUGAGGACCAUGACUACCAUGACUACCACUACCACGUCACUCGUGCUCCUCGAAGCGUUCGAAGAAGUUGAUGGAGGGUCAGGUCGAGCUUGCAGGGGCUCCAAUGCAGGGGAUAACCUUGCCAGCUACUACACUGUCGUCCCCACUCCAAGCCUGAUCGCUUGUCAGGAGGAAUGCUUGGCUUUGGCCUUGGUUUGUGUUGGCCUCGAGUACAGCCUUGGGCGUUGUGAGCUGUGGAAUCGUUCAGAGGGUAUCGACACCAGCAUUCCUCUCGCUGGCUUUACCUGCCUGCGUCGGCGGGAGGUCCAAAGUGCAACCCCAAGCCGUAGGCACUUUUGGAUGGCAAACGUGAACUUGAGCAGUCGCUUGUGUACAGAGCGCGAACCUGCAGAUGUGCUUUUCGCGUGA